ACGCCUAGCAACGGAACGCGGCGGCCCUAUGAGACCUCUCCUCGCUCGCCCGCUCGCUAUGCCCAUCAAGGAUCUUUGCCGGGCUUCUUUACCAAACGAGAGGCGAGGGCUGCUGCUGCGCCUCGGUGGACAGCAGCACCUCGUCUGAUACGUACACAGACGAUCGAUUCAUGGCUGCUCCUGCUACUACGCACUACGUACACGUCCAGCACACUCGAGCGUCUCUCCAUGUCAGGUGCUUUUGAGCUACGUCGAAUUGUUGGGUUGCAUGACGACAACUGCGGCAAGUAUCGACAGCCCCAUGUCGCCACACAAAACCUCGACAAUGGAGCAAGCCGUUGUCGGCGUUAUCAACCCGUGUCUCUCCCAUUGUACGGACGCUGCCCAAGCAGCGUGUGUCGUCGGUUCAUCAGUCAGGGAGUGAGAUGGUCAAUUCUAACUUCAGCCUAUGUUUCUUGUUAG